UCGAGCGCCGUCACUGUCCCACAGAUCCUGCGCGUGAGCCAUUCAUUGCCAAACAGCAACCCAACGGCUACACAGCUAACAUGUCAGACAAGAAACAGACCGUGGACCUGGGCUUACUGGAGGAGGACGAUGAGUUUGAAGAAUUCCCUGCCGAGGAUUGGACGGGGCUGGAUGAGGAUGAAGAUGCUCAUGUUUGGGAAGACAACUGGGAUGAUGACAACGUAGAGGAUGAUUUUUCAAAUCAGCUACGAGCUGAGCUUGAAAAACAUGGUUACAAGAUGGAGACGUCAUAACAGCUGACAAGGCCUCUCCAGUGGAUGACAUCGGAUAUGGACAUUUCUAUUUGAAUAUUACGCGUUGACCAAACGUCCGGAGGAUUUUUGAGGAUGUUAAUUUGUUUCCUUUUUUGUAAUAAAUAUUAAUGGAAGUAAAGUAAGUUUGGAGAAAAACGA